CUGGAUAGUGCUGACUUUUUGUCAACUUAAUCUAGUAAGUGGUAGCGUUGCUGAGUCUCCUUAAAACCCCGAGCCAUGUCGCCCCCAACAGUGCCUCCGAUGGGCGUAGAUGGUGUGUCCGCAUACCUGAUGAAGAAAAGGCACACCCACAGGAAACAGCGGCGCAAGCCCACUUUCCUCACCCGUAGGAACAUUGUGGGCUGUCGCAUUCAACACGGCUGGAAGGAAGGCAACGAGCCUGUGGAGCAGUGGAAGGGCACCGUGCUUGAGCAGGUUUCCGUGAAGCCCACUCUCUAUAUCAUCAAAUAUGAUGGCAAAGAUAGUGUGUAUGGACUAGAACUGCACCGAGAUAAGAGAGUUUUAGCGCUAGAGAUCCUUCCUGAGAGAGUGCCAACUCCUCGCAUUGAUUCGCGCCUGGCAGAUUCCCUGAUUGGCAAGGCAGUGGGUCAUGUGUUUGAGGGUGAGCACGGUACGAAAGAUGAAUGGAAGGGCAUGGUCCUGGCGCGAGCCCCCGUGAUGGACACUUGGUUUUACAUCACCUACGAGAAAGAUCCAGUCCUUUAUAUGUACACGCUGCUGGAUGACUACAAAGCUGGUGACCUGCGCAUCAUUCCAGAUUCCAACUACUAUUUCCCUACAGCAGAACGGGAGCCUGGAGAAGUUGUCGACAGCCUUGUGGGCAAGCAGGUGGAGCACGCCAAAGAUGAUGGGUCCAAGAGAACCGGCAUUUUCAUCCAUCAAGUGGUGGCCAAGCCAUCUGUCUACUUCAUUAAGUUUGAUGAUGAUAUUCACAUUUAUGUCUAUGGUUUGGUGAAAAACCCCUAAAUUCAUUGUGCUAUUGCAAAAGUUGUGGAACUGUUAAAUAUGUCGUGCGAAAUUUUGAGAACAUUUUUGAAGUCAGAGAAUUUAUUAUUACUUACGGUGCCUCCAAAUCUUACAUUGACU